CCCAUGCAGCGCCACACACUCUCUCUAACACAUUCACACUCUCUCAUGGCGAGCAGAGGGGACGCUGUCUCUGUUAUGGACUGACAGAAGCUCUGCAUUCCUCCUCGCAAUCUUUCCAAAUUACCCAUGAAUUCUCUCGCGUAAAGCGGCGCGAGCGUCCGUCCUCUUCCGUCUAAAAGGGUUAAAGAAAAGAAACCUCAUCAUGAACAGCAUGAGCAGUUGCGGUUUCCUGAAUAUGGCGACGAUAGGAGAAUUCGACCCGCUCAACGCCACUAUUCCUGCUACAAAAGUUGAGAUUACAGUCUCGUGCAGAAACCUGCUUGACAGAGACACAUUUUCCAAAUCAGAUCCAAUUUGUGUGCUGUACACUCAAGGCAUUGGCAACAAAGAGUGGCGAGAGUUUGGGCGGACGGAAGUUAUUGAUAACACUUUGAACCCGGAUUUUGUGCGAAAAUUCAUAUUGGACUACUUCUUUGAAGAAAGACAGAACUUAAAGUUUGAUCUGUAUGAUGUCGACUCCAAGAGUAGCAACCUUUCAAAACAUGAUUUCCUUGGCCAGGCCUGUUGUACAUUGGGAGAGGUGGUGGGAUCAUUGGGUGGUCGAAUGGAGAAGGAUCUUGGGGGGAUUCCAGGGAAGAAAUGUGGGACAAUUAUUGUGAAGGCAGAGGAGCUUAGCAACUGCAGGGAGUCUGUGAUGAUGCAAUUUUGUGGCAACAAACUGGACAAAAAGGACUUCUUUGGCAAAUCGGACCCCUUCUUAGUGUUUUAUCGCAGCAAUGAAGAUGGAACAUUUACCAUUUGCCAUAAGACAGAGGUGGUGAAGAACACACUGAACCCUGUGUGGCAAGCCUUUAAAAUCCCAGUCAGAGCCCUGUGCAAUGGCGAUUAUGACAGAACUAUCAAGGUUGAAGUGUAUGACUGGGAUCGGGAUGGAAGUCAUGACUUCAUUGGAGAAUUCAGCACAAGCUAUAGAGAACUGUCAAGAGGCCAGUCCCAAUUUAACGUGUAUGAGGUCAUAAACCCCAAGAAGAAAGGCAAAAAGAAAAAAUAUCUCAACUCUGGAACCGUGACACUGCUAUCGUUUCUCGUUGAUACUGAAGUCACCUUCCUGGACUACAUCAAAGGCGGGACUCAGAUUAAUUUCACAGUGGCGAUUGAUUUUACAGCUUCUAACGGCAACCCAGCCCAACCCACUUCCCUCCAUUACAUGAAUCCCUAUCAGCUCAACACCUACGCCAUGGCACUCAAAGCCGUGGGGGAGAUCAUACAGGACUAUGACAGCGACAAGAUGUUCCCCGCACUGGGUUUCGGAGCCAAGCUGCCUCCUGAUGGGAGAAUAUCCCAUGAGUUUGCCCUGAAUGGAAACCCUCAGAAUCCAUAUUGCAAUGGCAUUGAUGGAGUCAUGGAGGCGUAUUACCAGAGUCUAAAGUCUGUUCAGCUCUACGGUCCAACCAACUUCUCACCUGUCAUUAACCAUGUAGCCAGAUACGCUGCCUCAGUAAAGGACGGAUCACAGUACUUCAUCCUCCUCAUCAUCACGGAUGGAGUGAUAUCAGAUAUGGCCCAGACAAAGGAGUCCAUUGUUAAUGCUGCAUCUCUUCCCAUGUCAAUUAUUAUUGUUGGAGUUGGACCAGCCGAGUUUGAUGCCAUGAUCGAGUUGGAUGGUGAUGAAGUCAGAAUCUCAUCGAGGGGCAGAUACGCUGAAAGAGACAUCGUACAGUUUGUUCCAUUCAGAGACUACAUUGAUCGCACUGGGAAUCACGUCCUCAGCAUGGCCCGCUUGGCCAAAGACGUUCUUGCAGAGAUCCCAGACCAGUUCCUAUCCUAUAUGAGGACCAGAGGAAUAAAGCCGUCUCCCGCUCCCCCUCCGUACACACCCCCAGGACACCCGCUGCAAACUCAGAUCUAAAAUGGGCCUAGGAGCGAGCCUUGCAGUAUCUCAGUAUCGCUUUCUCAAUCACUCAGUGAGAUGAAGUUUUCCUCAGCUCUCAGCUCUUUCUGUCCCUUUCUCUUUGCACUAUGGGGGCUGUAGAUGGACACCAUGGUUAGACAGGGUUCUGAGAACAGGUUUACUUCCAUUACAGGCAUUCCCUGUCAGGAUGUCUCUCAGUUUCACUCUCUGUCUCUCAAUGCCUGGCUAGCUUGUUUCUGAUGGCCACAUUGUAGAAUGAACUUUGCAUUUCUUGUUAACCGUGAAAAGAGGGAUAGUUAUGUGAAGGUAAGGAAAGGCUAAAAAAAAUGAGCUGACGAUGUUGCGCCCUGUCUCAGAACAGCAGAGCAGCUUCCUCUUCCUCAGACAAGGAAAAGGCUAACAAAUCACCAGUCGCAAACAGACUGUUGUAAAUAACUUUUGAAGUAGACUUCUUCCGUCAUUUCUUAUCUCUUCCUCUUCUUUCUUCUCUGAGCUCUCACUCAAUGUUUACAUGUUAAUGAUUUUCUUACUGUUGGAACUAACUUUUAUAAGCGUAUAUCUUUAACAUGAACUUUGCCGUGCAAAUACUCGCAGCGUGUUAUCUUUGCCAUGCCCGUCAGGUGGCAGGGGCUGGUGUUGUUGCGGAAAACCACAUUUCUUGCAUGGAAAUGGUGUGCUCAGGCAUGCGAUGCAUGUUGUGCAGCGUUCAUGUUAUUUGGCCUUUUCUCGUUCUCUUUUCUCUCACUCACUUUCUCUCUCUCUCUCUCUCUUUUUUUUUUUGCCCUGGCACAAGCACGAUAGAUGGGCACCAUUGUCUAUGAAGAACCUCAUAGGUCUCAACGUGCUUCAUUACAUUUAAAUCUGAGCAGCUGCUCUCAAAUAAGAGCCCAGUGGUCAAAAACACAGAUGCCAUUAUUAUUUUGUGUCUUAAAACAUUGUAUGGAUGUUUUGUAAUUUUCUGUUAUUUGGUGAUGCUGUAUUAUGUUUUUCCAUUAACGUGUAUAUUCAUUCAUCAUAUUUAAUCAUUACCUGGUAGAGUUGCCCAAAGAUAGUGUCAAAAAAGCACAAAGCUAAUUAUGAAAUCCUUCUUUUUGGAUUUCAUUGUGAAUAUUUAAGUGUCAAAACCUGAUAAGAUGCAGAAUUAUACACCUAAUUUAAUUUUUUAUUUGUUUUUGCCAUCCCAUUAUUUUUGUGAAAUGUGCUGGAAAAUCAGGAAAAUCAUUCUUUAAAGUCUCCCCUUACCCAAAUAGUCACAAAACUGGGACACUAGUUCAAAACAACUGUUAAACUAGUUCAAACAUGACUGUUGUUUGUAUGUUUUUAGCUCCUGGUUUAUGAUGAUUUACUUCAUUUAGUAGAAUUCUUCUUUCUUUGUUUUGUUUUUUUUCCUUUGCAAAGUACUAAAACAACACGUUUUUGUUCCUAAACAUUCACACAUAGCAAAUGUGAAUUUUCUAGUAUGUAGCAAACUCAUUUUUCUUCACACACUAGUGUAGUGAACUAUUUUGGGUAACAGCCUCAUGCUGAAGGGGAACGUUCCCUGUUUAACUGCUAUUCUGGAAUUCAGGAUUGUCAUUCCAGUUGUGCUGCUUUGUCACACAUACAAUAUUCACAAGAUAUUAACACAUAAAGCAUUGACACUUGUGCCAAAUCUACUGAUCCAAUGUAUGAAUGUCAUUACAAAAUAUCAAAGGAAGUAUAAUUUUAAAGAAAAAGCAUUUGACGAAUAUAAUUAUUUUAAAGUGAUAAACUACAAGAUAGAAAAUGAAAAACAAAAAUGUUCAAAACAAACAAACAGUAUUGGAUACUUAGUGGUUAUAACAUAUCCAUAAUUAUGUUUUAAGGUCAUGACAUAACAUAAAUUAGGUCAUAAAUCAUGCUUUUUUUUUUUCAUCAUGACUUUGGUAAGCAUGAACUGCACAGAAUUAUGGUUGAAGAAUGAUGCAUGUGUGAAAAAGCAGCACUUGACCCUGGGAGGGUCGGUUGACGAUAGUAUCUCUCUUUUAGGAAUGUUGGCUCUCAACAUUCCUGUACUUUCCUUCAGCUCUCUUCCUCUCUGCAUUGCUGGUGCAACGGCAAAUGCCUCUUUGGCAAGCUCAUUCACCUGUGUGUGUGAGAGAGAGUGAGUGUGUGUGUGUGUGUGUGUGUGUGUGUGUGAGAGAGAGAGAGAGAGCGAGUGGAUGUCAGCUCGGCAAGCAUCAUCGAAGUGUUUUUAAAUUUGUGACUUGACUCACAUGAAAUUUGUUUACUGAAGAUAUCCAAAUAUUAUAUUGUAUGCUAUUCAUAUCUAAAUAUUACGUGCACUAUGUUUGCAUGUACAGUUUUACAAGAGAUUCAUCAGUUCUUUUGUUAUUGUUAGUGUUUUGAGUAAAAAAAACAAACUGGAAAAUAACUGUACAAAUGGCCUUAAUCUCUCACUGAAUUCUUGGAAUUGUGCGAUGCCUUCAGAUAUGAAUUGUUAUAUAUUUUGUGUCAGUGUACAAUUGCUUUCUAGUGUAUAUUUUCUUUGCACAACUCAUGUAUGAAAAAAAUUAUAUUGUAAUUUUUUGGAAUCAGUGAUUAAUCAAAGAAAGCAUGAUUGAAGUUCUGAUUGUCUAGUAAAUCAAUAUGAUGAAAUUAUUAUUUCUGUAUCGAGUACUAAUUUUGGAAUAAACAUUCUUAAUAUACACAUUG